CGUACACUGGUGAAUUAGAUAACUUGUUAGCGGGGAGAGGUAUUGGGAAGCCAAGAAAAUUUUUGGUGAAUCUGUUCCUCUGAAUGAAUGAAGGGAGCUCAAGAAAACUCUCACUCCAAAACCCCAUCUACUUCCGCCAAGAGAUCAGGAUCAAGCCUUGGUUCAGUUGAUGAGUAUGCUGCACAAUGCAAGAAUUGCAUGAAAUGGAGAGUGAUUGAUACUCAGGAAGAGUUUGAGGAGAUUCGAAGCAAAUUCAUUGAUGAACCAUUUUAUUGCAGUAAAAGGGGCAAGUCCUGUGAUGACCCUGCUGAUUUGGAAUAUGAUUCAACUCGGACAUGGGUCAUGGACAAGCCUAACCUCCCUAAGGCUCCAGAAGGUUUCAGGAGAACCUUGGUGCAGAAAGAUUACUCUAAGUUGGAUGCUUACUACAUCACUCCCACAGGGAAAAAGCUAAGAACCCGCAAUGAAAUUGCCGUGUAUCUGAAAGAUCAUCCGGAACACAAAGGCGUGUCUGUUACAGAUUUUGAUUUUUCAUCCCCAAAGGUAAUGCAAGACACCGUCCCGGAGUAUUUUGAGCAGAAGGAUUCAGCUACCAAAAGGCCUAAGGUGGUAUUCAAAGAUGAAGCUUGAGAAAUAUCAUGCUAGUUUGCAUGCUGUAAUAGAUGGUGAUUAUGGUUUUUUUGAUGUUAUUGUAACUUUUUUGGUGACAACAUUUCAAUAUAUUAGGAUUAACCAACACCAGUAGUGCACAUAGACAACUUAUGAUUUGUCUCGCUUAUUUUUAUUAUUAAAAAAAAGGUUUAAUUA